UUUUGUCCCUCCUCACACGCCGUACAGGACAACCAAAAAACGUGCUACCUUGACUGGUUGUGACUGAAUGAGGUGUCGUUUCAUUCUACAGAUACAGUUUGAAGUUGAACGCAUGUUUCGACGGACAGGUUGUAUGUUUUUGUGAACUCCUCAGACGUUUUAUACUGCAGUCGCUGUAGCUUUAAAGUGUCGGAAAGCUUCUGUUUGCCCCAAACUGUUGAGCUAACGGCUAAUAACGCCGAGGGGGAGGAACCAAAACAAGACGGUAGCCUGCUGCUAGUGAGAUCAAAUACGAGUUUUUGGGUUGUAUAAUUGUCUUUAGAAGCAUAUUUGAUAAUAUGUCAGCCGUGCAAAACGAUUCGAGGAAACGGAACAAGAAGCGGUAUGCCGGCCACCACAACAAGCGGUGGAAGGGCUCCCGGGAGCUGGAGGUGGGAAUGCAGGGGAUCCUCAUCACAUGCAACAUGAACGAGAGGAAAUGCACCGCGGAGGCCUUCAAUCUGCUCAAUGAAUACGCAGACAAGCUCUAUGGGCCCGAGAAGUUGCAAGACAAUGACGGGAGCAGUAGUGACGAAGAGGAGGCUGAAGAAGAAGAUGUUGAUGUAGCACUGAAGAAGGAAGUGGCGCAGCUGCAAGCGUCAGGAGUUAAACAAGAGCGACGCUUCCAGGCUCUGGACAGCGGGGCAAACAAUGUCAUCUUCAUCAAAACUCAAAAUCUGGAAUCUGACAAGCUGGUUCAUCACAUCCUGUCCGAUCUCCACACCACCAAGAAAAAGAAGUCCCGAGUGAUCCUUCGGAUGCUGCCGGUGACUGGAACAUGCAAGGCCUUCCAGGAGGACAUGGUGAAGUACCUGACCACGUUCCUGGAGCCUUGGUUCAAAACCCCAAACUGUGGCACCUACCAGAUUGCUUUCAAGGCCCGAAACAGCAGCCACAACAAGAGAGACGAAAUCAUCAAAUCUAUCGCAGGUCUCGUCGGGAAGCUGAACCCUAAAAACAAAGUGGAUUUGACCAACCCAGAACUCACCAUCAUUGUGGAGGUCAUCAAGGCUGUGUGUUGCAUCAGUGUGGUAAAAGACUAUACACUGUAUAGAAAGUACAAUGUUCAGGAAGUGGUGAAAGAGGACAUUCCCAAGCCUGAUGUGACCACACCAAAAACCAGUGUGACCACAACUGAGCAGAAAGAGAAAACUGAUGCAGCGGAGGCAAACCAAGAAGAGAAGACAGCAGAAGAAGAGAAGACAGCAGAAGAAGAGAAGGACAAAAAUGCGCCGCAGGACAACAAGGAGGUUGAUAAGGGCGAAGGUGAGGGGGAAUAAGAGGUCACAUUUAGUAAAAACACAUCGUCAGUUGGACUUAGAUUAAAACAUUUUUAAGACAUGAUCUUAAGUUGCUUUAUAUUGUUGUGCUUUUGUUUUAAACAGAAGGUUCAAAGCAAAGAUGAUUUUUUUUUUUUUCACAACUUGGCAAAAUAAUGAAGUUGGUAAGAGUCAGACAAGAAUCUAAUAUAAUUUAAUGUAUUUUUUUAUAUUCAUAAAGAAAUCUGAUACAUUGGUACCAUCUUCAUAGAGGUGUCCAUUUCAAAUAGCAGUGAUUUUUGAAUGAACUGUACAUGUCACCAUUCCUCAUCAUAACUUUGCCAACAGUUUUUUAAAACGCAAAAUUAAAUUUUUAAAUUCAGUGUCAUUUUUUUUUUUUUUUUUGGACAUGUUAAAUCAAAGUUUUGUUCAGGUUUAGUGGUACGCCACGUUUAGUAACUGUCUGUUUUUGUAAUUGUUAUUUCUUAAAGCAGUCCCUGAAUUAAAGAUACAUUUGUGUUUGACUA